UGCCUGUCUUUCUCCACACACCGACCGACAGACUGCCCUAACUGUUACUAUGCCCGUAAAGACACCUGCUCUCACAAACACAGGAAACCAUCACUAGCAGCACCUGGUCAACACUGAGGAGCUUCAGUUACCCUGAAAUCACUCAUCGCUCUCUCCCUCGCCGAACCAAACAGACAAGAACAGACUCCGAAGGAAAAAGGUCAGUAGAUUUUGCCAAACCAUCGACAGCUCAUCUACUGCGGGACCGAGAACAAGAGUGAGGUCACAUCAUGAUUGAGAGUGACAGAGAGCUGUCGGCCAUGGUGCAGGAGCUGUGGGACAAUGAUGUCAACAGACUGAAACCUGGGAAAGACUACAGGAUCUCUCUGCAGGGCAAAGCUGGAGACAGCUUGGCCAUGAACGACGACAACAAUGAUGGAGCAGGAUACCCUCUAUUUACAUUUGUCGAUGAGAACAUUUUCAAGAAGGAGACAUUUUUAGCCUUUAUCUCCCUGUUGGAUAACUAUGAGAGCGACACCGGUGAGCCAGAAAUUGUGACCCCGGAGGAGGUGGCAGAGAACCACAAGUUCUUGGACCUCAUCAUACAGACUCCCACCAUGAAGAUUGCUCAUAAAUACCUGGUAGAGAAGAACCUCUCUCCGGCAGAUAACACAAAAUUCAAGGAGCAGCUGUACAGAAUCUGGUUUGAACUUUAUGCGAGGAGAGGAUCCAGCAGGCCAGACUCCUCAGGGUUUGAGCACGUGUUUGUUGGAGAGACGAGAGGCAGGCGAACAGUCAUUGGCUUUCACAACUGGAUCCAGCUCUACCUCCAAGAAAAGCUGGGACACAUUGACUAUAAAGGCUACAGUGUCAAUGCAAAUUCACCUCAGCCGGACGAGAACAAACACAUCCUGGCGCUACAGUUCAGCUGGAAGAACGGUAUAAAGCCCAAAGGCAGCAUCUUCAUCGGUGUCAGCCCGGAGUUUGAGAUCGCCCUCUACACCCUCUGUUUCCUCAGCUCACCCAACGAGCGUGUCAAAGUCCAGUUCAGUUACUACGACGUGGAGAUUGUUUGCCACCACUACAACCAGAAGCACAUAGGCACCACUUACCCUGUGCUUCUGAAAUACCAGAACCCUGCCAAACGUAAUUAGAAAUUCAUUUCAGAUUUAACUUCUCCAACACUUGAACUCGCAUACAAAGUGUCACAGGUAUUGUUGUGUUCUUUUUAUUUUAGAUUAAGAAACAAUAAAACCUUACAAGACCCUGA